CCAGCAACGUCGAACAAUAGCCUGAGGAUAUGGUAUGGUGUGGACCGUGUGGUACAGCGUUUAUAUGACCUUGCAGCGUCAGCUCCACUUUUGCAUCUUCAACUUGAACUCCCUCGACUGUGUCGAGCUCUUUGUCGCGAGCGACGUUCCAAUCAUUUCUGUUUUUCGUUAAUCGAGCAGGGUACUCGACAGUGUUUAAUAUCAUUCAUUCAUUUCACACAGCGCUUCGAGUUUAUCUAAACAUGUUAUUUGUUCAUGUCCUUACAGCCAUAACACUGGCAGGCUCAGUUGCGGCCAUCCCUUUCCGUGUCCUACCGCCUCAAAGUAAGCGGGACGUCAACCCUGCGCUAGUCCCGUCCUUCGGUUGGCAAUCUGGUGUUAAUCCAGAUGGCACUGGAAACUGUGACGGUGCCGUGGACGGCACUAAUGGGAAACCUAUCCUAAUACCUUGCUCAUGCCCGCCAAAUUCAACGUUCUUCCUUGCUAAUCUUAAUAAAAACGUGGCGGCGGGCUUUGUGACAACAAACCCCACUGUGAAGGUCUCUUUCCCAACAGAUGACAGUACCGCAUCUCAGCUUGCUCGUUUAAAUGCAGCAGCGGUCACUCUGCAAAACCUUGAAGGUCCCGGUGUUGGUUGCCCGAUUUCUUCCACCACUUUUUCUGCACAAGGAAAAGCGAUUAGUGCAGGGACAUCUACCAACGGAAAUUCAAGUGCUGCAAUGCCUCCGGCUGCGUCAGCAACACCUGCGGGUUUCGGUGUCUCAACGAGCAGUUCUGCCACGAGCGCUGCCGUCCCAACGAGCAUCACUUCAAACAACAGUUCUGCUUCACCCACUGAUGAGCAAAUUGCCACACUGGCACCGCCCCUUGGAUGGCAAGCUGGAAUCAACCCAGACGGCACUGGUAACUGUGAUGGUGCUGUCGAUGGUACAAACGGGAAGCCAAUACUCAUCCCAUGUCAAUGUCCCCCUGAUCAGACGAACUACAUCGCGAACCUGACUGCUAAUGUCCGCGCGGGCCAUGUUAUUCUCAAUCCCACGGUGCAACUCACAUUCCCAACCGACAACAGCACAGCCUCGCAAAGCGCGCGUCUGAAUGCUGCUGCUGUUACGUUACAGAACUUGAAUGGUGCUGGGAAGGGCUGUCCGAUCGUGUCGACCACGUUCAGUGCACAACAGAAGGCAAUUAAUGCCGAAAACACCUCUUGAAUGAUUAUCGUAGAGAGAUUAACCUCUUGGGCAUCCAUGUUGUAGCAAGUAGCCAGUUUUCGUUAUCGUUGUACAAUCAUAUUACUUGGGCGUUGGCCAUUGAAUAUUGAGCUGCAACUGUAGCUUCCGAACUCCGCUCCGAGC